AUGUUCCAGUGGGUUACGUUACUGGUACUAAUUUGCUCGCAUGUCUGCAGUAGUAUCCUAUUCCUUUUGUUCUCUGUCCCUCCAGAGCUCCCACAGCAACAUGUCUGUAAGGAGGAGGAGGUCCUCUCUGACCAGCAGCUCUGUAUUCAGGAGAGGAACUCCAGUCUGGACCAAGAGGACCCAGAGCCUCCACAGAUUAAAGAGGACCAGGAGGAACUCUGCACCAGUCAGGAGGGAGAGCAGCUUGUACUGAAGCAGGAGACUGAUACCUUUAUGUUGACUCCUACUGAUGAGGAAAGUGACCACCAGCUCCUCUCUCACAACUCUCAUGUAGCUGAGAGCCAAGAUCAGAAAGGAGGCAAGCAUGGAGACUCAGGCUCAACUAAUGCAGAGCCAAGUCAACAGAAUCUACAUCACGAAAGUACAAGUCACACUAACAAUGUAGACAACCCUCACCUGCCAGAGAUGCACUGUGAUACUCACACAGGUAAACUGCCUUUCAAAUGUGACACAUGUGGAAAAGACUUUCAGUAUAAAUCAUUACUAGAGAAACAUGUAAGAAUCCACACAGGUGAGAAGCCAUAUUCUUGCAAAACAUGUGGGAAAAGAUUUACUCAUAAAUCAUCAUUGGACUGUCAUAUAAGAACCCACACAGGUGAGAAGCCACAUUCUUGUGAAACAUGUGGCAAAAGAUUUUCUCGGAAAUCAUCAUUGGACUGUCAUAUAAGAACCCACACAGGUGAGAAGCCAUAUUCUUGUGAAACAUGUGGCAAAAGAUUUACUCAGAAAUCAGGAUUGGACUGUCAUAUAAUAUCCCACACAGGUGAGAAGCCAUAUUCUUGCAAAACAUGUGGGAAUGGAUUCAUGUCUAAAUCGUCAUUGUACUACCAUAUAAGAAUCCACACAGGUGAGAGGCCAUAUUCUUGCAAAACAUGUUGGAAAAGAUUUACUCAUAAAUCAUCAUUGGACUCUCAUAUAAGAAUCCACACAGGUGAGAAGCCAUAUUCUUGCAAAACAUGUGGGAAAAGAUUUACUCAGAAAUCAGGAUUGGACUCUCAUAUAAGAUCCCACACAGGUGAGAAGCCGUUUGCAUGCAAAACAUGUGGGAAAAGAUUUACUAAAAAAUACGGAUUGCAAUAUCAUAUAAGAACCCACACAGCUGAGAAGCCAUAUUCUUGCAAAACAUGCAAAACAAAAUUCCGGCGUAAUUUUCACUUGAAAGUCCACAUGAGAACGCACAGGGGGGAAAAGCUGCAUCACUGCAGCACAGAGGGUCCAGAGAUUAAAGAGUAACAGGAGGAACUAAAAGGAAUUUGACACUCCUGACUUCAGGGUUACACUCUGUAAUAAGUGUUGGAUCACACACUAUGUCUACACACUACCUCAGCAAUGAGGUCACUGAGGUUAUGUCUUCGUUAGAGGAAGAUUGCAAUGGGAUAGUGCUUGAUCACCUGAACGUACAGGUGUAAAUGCAGCCGUGAUAGAGGACAUGGCUGGUGGGAUGCUGGGCUUCAGAAGCUCGUGUGUAAUGCAUACUGGUACAUGCAGGCAGUCCCUGCACGGCUCCACAAGCAGGAGAACUCAGCUUUAGGAUUCAGGGGGAUCUAUGGGCAGAUUAGAAUGAGCCCUUCAUAUCUACAUGAGGAGCGUGUCCUCUUCCACUGAGACCACCAUGUUGUCUCUAGUAUCCCAGAACAGACGAACCAAACUCUGCUCUAGAAAGGGUCUUUCCUGUUUUUAUGUUACCGGAAGCCACUGUAGGUUCUCUCAACGCUUGCAAAAGGAGUAUUCAGUUAGUUGCACCUGCAACCUCACCGCUAGAUGCCACUAAAUCCAACACACUGGACCUUUUUAAGGGGAAAGUUUAAUGUAACCGACAAUGAUGAACAAACUGUUAACCAAGAUGAAUGUUACUGCAUUGUAUGAAACUUUUUAAUUGAACAACGAUGACACUGAGCAUGGAUGAUUGUAGCAACACUGUUAAUAUAAUGUGUUAUACUGCUGCACAUUGUUUGAAGACUGACUGACAGAACAUAUUGCUGGAAAGGCCAGAAGAUAUAGAAGCUUAAGGAGAAUGUAUUCAUAUCACACAUGUUAGUUACCAAGGUAGAAUGGUGCAUCACAUUUUAUGGUUUGUAAAUAAUGAAUGUCUGUAUAAAUUGUCUUGAAGAGAUGCUGUCAAGUAAUUUCUUUCUAAAUGCUGCAAACUUAUUGUGAUUUUAGAAAAAUGUAAACCAAUCAAAUGUUAACGUUCAUUAAU